AUGUGGCUAUCAUCGGAUCUCCUGAGGAUCUGUCGCUCCAUCGCUUCUCCAGAAUCCGACUCUCCAAUUCCUAUCACGCACUUAGAGGCAUCUCGGACUUGUCAUAUCAUCAGAACUUUGUCAGAAUCUAGUGCUCAGCGAGCGCAGUCUGAUCACUUCCCAUUAUUGCAAUUGCCUCUGGACAUUUUGACUAUGCAUCUGAGUACGCUUCUUCCACAUGCGUCUCUGGUGUGUCUUCGUUCCAGCUGCUCGAAAUUGCACACCGCAAUUCCAGCGCCUCCGAAGAAGAGACUGGUUGAUUUAGAGCGGUGUGAGAUUAAAGUGCUAUUCGCUGCUUUGGAGGAAGCACGAGAACGACCCUCGCGCAUGUUCUGUGCACUCUGCUCGACUUGUUAUCCGAUCGAAUUGUUCGCUUGGGGAUUGGAGAAACGCGCGGUACAGAAGGCUGAUAUCGGCAAUGAGGCGGCCGAGAGUCUAGAGACCAUAGGCGCAAGGAACAGCAACGAACUUGACAAUCGGGUCUGCAGAUGGCAUCGUGCAAGAUUCGAACGGAAAGUCUUAACAGGUCAUGGAGCGAUAAAGUCAGAGUGGACACUGGAAGAAGCCUGCAUGCAUUGUGGAGGCGUACUUGCUUGGGGGAGAUGUGAUUGCAAGGCUUUGUGCCAGACUUGCUGGAAAAGGAGUGUUUGGUGCCAUACAGAAGUUGUGGAUACGGAGCAUGCGAACGAUGUUAUCUAG